AUGUAUCCACCAGCGAACGCCCCUACUCAAAACGUUGAAGAAGUCGCAGGUAGUCUACCAGCAUCUAAGGCUGAUGAAGUAAUAAAUCAACUUCUUGGCGAACAACUAGAAAUCUAUGAAUUAGAAAAGCAAUUAAAAAAUUUACAACUUCAAGAAAAUCAAACUGGUUAUCAAAAAGUUAAAUAA